AUGGCAUCCGAACAGCAACGUCUGCCCACCCGUGAGAGGCGCCCCUCCACGUCGGCUCCGAUCGUCGAUAUCCAGGGUGCUGUUGGCCCCGCAGGCAUCUCCCGUCCAAAGCACACCCGAACUGCCACUGGCUUUGGUCCAAGUGAGAUCAAGAGCUUUGAAGCCUCUAUCCCCGAGCCUCAGCGUGAAGCUUGGAAGCGUAACCAGUCUAAGGGAUUUACUGGUAAAGACGGCUUCGAGCAAGAAGUAGUUCGCCAUGUCGAGACAACACUCGCUCGCUCGGUUUUCAAUUGCGAUGAACAUGCAGCCUAUUCUGCUACCAGUCUGGCUUUCCGCGACCGUCUAAUUCUAGAUUGGAACAGGACUCAACAAAGGCAGACCUACCGCGAUUCCAAGCGUGUUUACUACUUCAGUCUAGAGUUCUUAAUGGGUCGAGCCCUCGACAAUGCCAUGCUCAACGUAGGCCAGAAAGAUACUGCAAAGGCUGGUCUUGCUGAGCUCGGAUUCCGAAUUGAGGAUAUCAUUACUCAAGAGAACGAUGCUGCGCUGGGCAACGGUGGCCUUGGCCGACUGGCUGCUUGUUUCCUUGACAGUCUGGCCUCCCUUAAUUACCCCGCCUGGGGUUAUGGUCUUCGAUAUCGAUAUGGUAUUUUCAAGCAGGAAAUUGUCGAUGGGUAUCAAGUUGAGGUGCCUGACUACUGGCUUGACUUUAAUCCCUGGGAGUUCCCUCGACACGAUGUUACAGUUGAUAUUCAAUUCUUCGGCCAUGUUAGGAAGACCACGGAUGCGAACGGUAAGUCUGUUGCUAUCUGGGAAGGGGGUGAAAUCGUCCAAGCCGUCGCCUACGACGUCCCUAUCCCAGGUUAUGACACGCCCACUACCAACAAUUUGAGACUCUGGUCCAGUAAAGCUUCUGGUGGAGAAUUCGACUUCCAAAAGUUCAACAAUGGCGAUUACGAAAGUUCAGUUGCCGAUCAACAGCGCGCUGAGACCAUCAGCGCCGUUCUGUACCCCAACGAUAACUUGGAGCGUGGAAAGGAGCUUCGUCUGAAGCAGCAGUACUUCUGGGUUGCAGCCUCCCUCUAUGAUAUCGUUCGCCGCUUCAAGAAGUCCAACCGUCCUUGGAAGGAGUUCCCCGAACAGGUAGCUAUUCAACUCAACGACACUCACCCUACGCUGGCCAUCGUCGAGUUGCAGCGAAUUCUCAUCGACAUUGAACAUCUCGAAUGGGACUUGGCCUGGGACAUUGUCGUCAACACUUUUGGCUACACCAACCACACUGUCUUGCCUGAAGCUCUGGAGAAGUGGCCUGUUGGUCUGAUCCAGCACCUUCUGCCUCGUCACUUGCAGAUUAUCUACGACAUUAAUCUCUUCUUCCUCCAGAAGGUCGAGAAGGCUUUCCCCAACGACCGUGACAUCUUGAGAAGAGUGUCUAUCAUUGAGGAGUCUCAGACAAAGAUGGUACGCAUGGCGUUCCUAGCAAUUGUCGGAUCGCACAAGGUCAACGGUGUCGCAGAGUUGCAUUCCGAUCUGAUCAAGACCACCAUCUUCAAAGACUUUGUCGAAAUCUACGGCCCUGACAAAUUCACCAAUGUCACCAACGGUAUCACUCCUCGCCGCUGGCUCCACCAGGCUAACCCUCGCCUUUCGGAACUGAUCGCAUCCAAGGUUGGGGGCAACGGUUUCCUCAAGGAUCUCACAACUCUCAACCAACUCGAGAAGUAUGCCGAGGAUAAAGAAUUCCGAAAGGAGUGGUCAGAGAUCAAGUACGCCAACAAGGUUCGACUUGCUAAGCUCAUCAAGUCCGCCGUGGGUGUCACUGUGAACCCUUCCGCAUUGUUUGAUGUCCAAGUCAAGCGAAUUCACGAGUAUAAGCGCCAGCAGCUCAACAUCUUUGGUGUCAUCCAUCGAUACCUUUAUCUCAAGUCUCUGUCCCCUGAAGAGCGCAGGAAGGUCGUUCCUCGUGUUUCCAUCUUUGGAGGCAAGGCUGCACCCGGGUACUGGAUGGCGAAGCAGAUUAUUCAUCUCGUCAAUGCUGUUGGUUCUGUGGUGAACAACGACGAGGACAUUGGCGACCUACUUAAGGUUAUCUUCCUGCCUGAUUACAAUGUCAGCAAGGCUGAGAUCAUCACACCGGCUUCGGACCUCAGCGAGCAUAUUUCUACGGCGGGUACCGAGGCGUCUGGCACUAGCAACAUGAAAUUUGUGUUGAACGGUGGUCUCAUCAUUGGUACUUGCGAUGGUGCCAACAUCGAAAUCACUCGCGAGAUUGGCGAGAACAACAUUUUCCUGUUCGGAAACCUUGCCGAAGAUGUCGAAGACCUCCGCCACAGUCAUCAAUACGGCUCACACGAGAUCGAUCCUGAUUUGCAGAAGGUGUUUGCUGAGAUUGAGAAGGGCACGUUCGGUUCAGUCCACGACUUUAGUGCUUUGGUUGCAGCCGUCCGCGAUCAUGGUGACUACUACCUGGUGUCUGACGACUUCCACAGCUACAACGAGACCCAUAAGCUGGUGGACGAGGCAUAUCAAAACCAAGAGGAGUGGAUCAAGAAGACAAUCACGUCUGUAUCUCGCAUGGGCUUCUUCAGCAGUGAUCGCUGCAUUGAUGAAUAUGCUGAGAGUAUCUGGAAUGCCGAGCCUCUUGUUGUCCAUGAUUAG